CAACUUUUGAGCAAACUCAUCACAAGUUGCAAAUUCAGUUACAGGCAAUUAGAGAAACAAUUGGGGCUCCCAAAUAUUAGCAAACAUACAUACUGGUAAUCUCUUUUGACCAGAAAUCCUGACAUAAAAAAGGUGCAUUACCCUAUACGAGGAGAUUAAGCUAAUGGAAAACCUUGGCACCUUUUCACCUACCUUCAUCUUUUCCCCCUCCUAUGCCAAGAAGGGCAGGGGAAAGCAGCUUAAAAACCACUCUUUCCUCCCUGCAAUCAUCAAUUCAUCAAAAAUGGAGUGCUCCGGGUGCUGGCUCAUGCUUCUCAUCCAGGCCCUCACCUUAGCCACAAUGGCAGCUGAAGCAUCCAUGAUUCAUGAAUUUGCAGGGAUCCUUGCCGCCGCCAACAGUACUGGCGGUCUCAUUGAAGAUGAAAAUAAGUUUUUAAUGAGUUCUCAACCUGCCUAUCGUGCACUGCAAGGCGGCCACGGACGUCAAGGGUACAUUAGCUACGGAUCAUUGUGGAAAGACUAUGUCCCGUGUGUAAGGCGAGGAUGCUCCUACUACAAUUGCAGGCAGAGGGGCAGGGCCAAUCCUUAUCGUCGUGAUUGCUCCGCCGCCACACACUGUGCCAGGAACCUUAAUUAAGUGAUUGAAUCAACUAACGCAAGAAUUAAUAAGGGUGAAGAGUUGCAAGCCACUGCUUGUUUGUUUUUCUUUUUCAUCAUGUUAAUGAAGUGUGAUUCUUGAUGAACUACAUCAAGAAUUGCUCUUUCAAAUUAUUUGCGAACAAUGUAUGGUGAUCUUAUUAUCUUGUGUGUAAUAAUUAACCAUGAGGUGAUGAGGACACAUGUUGUGCCCAAAAUGUACUAAUGAAAGGUGGGAGCAACUUGGUUUAAUUCCUUAUGUUUGUAUAUGUAACAUGUUUGUGAUUCUUCCUAGAUCCUCUGCAGAGGAAUGUUCUGCAUUCCAGCAUUCCUCUAAGCAAUAAUUUCAUAUGUCCUUUGGAACUA